UCGAGAAAUUAAACAUGGAAGGAUUCAAGAAAUUUUCAGCUGAAGCUGGUACGCUGUUUACUAGAGCUAAGCAGUACACCGAAGAAAAACUUGGAAGUGCUGAGAAAACUGAAUACGAUGCUCAUUUCGAGAAUCUCAUGCAAAGGGCCGAGAGGACCCGGAGGUGGACGGAAUUAAUUGUUCAACAGACUGAGACAGUCCUCCAACCAAAUCCAAAUGCCAGAAUAGAGGACUAUGUGAUGGAAAAGGUUGAUCGUAAACGUUCAGACCGCGUUACGAAUCCUGAGAUUCUGGGUCAAACUAUGGUAGAUGCUGGAAAUGAUAUCGGUCCCGGCACUGCAUAUGGUGCAGCACUCGUCAAAUGUGGACAAGUUCAACAGAAACUUGGGGUUGCAGAGAAAGAGCUCAUCUCAACUAGUAUCCAUAACUAUCUGCAGCCAUUGAAGAAUUUCUUGGACGGUGACAUGAAGACUAUCAACAAAGAACGUAAACUCCUGGAGAACAAGCGUCUUGACUUGGACGCGGCCAAAUCCAAACUGAGGAAAACAAAAUCUGAUGAAUCUAAAGCCAAGGUUACUCCUGGUGACAUUGAAAAAGAUGAGAAGGAGAUUGAGUCUGAAGAAGAACUGAGAGUGGCUCAGAGUGAAUUUGACAAGCAGUACGAGAUCACCAAACUGUUGUUGGAAGGCGUCAGCAAUGCCCAUGCUAACCACUUACGCUGCCUUCAGGACUUCGUAGAAGUACAACAUGCCUACUUUGUGCAGUGUACCGGUCUGAUUGCUGACCUGCAGAAACAACUCACAAGUCUUCCAGGUGCUGGGAACCAUUCAAACUCUGUCAACAUAUCAUCCGCCCCUUCUGCCCCACCCAAGUUCCACGAUAGGGCCCCGACAGGCACCAGACGGGCACGCGUGCUCUAUGACUACGAUGCUGCUGAUCUUUCAGAGCUUUCACUUCUCGCUGACGAGAUAAUUACAGUAUACAGUCUUCCCGGCAUGGAUUCCGAUUGGAUGAUGGGAGAACGAGGCAACCAAAAAGGAAAAGUACCUGUUACAUUUCUGGAGCUUUUAGACUAGUGCAUUUUUUUUUUUUUUCACAUUCUUCAUCUACACUGGAGAGACAAUUUGUCGGCCAUCUUGAUUUCACUACAAAAGGCAGCGCCCUCUAUAGGGAUUUGUAACAUCGUGUACAGUGCCCUCAAGGAGAUUACUUACAAGACGACCGUCUAAAACGUACAAGAAUUGAACAGACUAUUUUAUUCCGUAGUUCUGAGACAAUCUACCUACGCCACUAAAAAAAAAUUGUUGACAAACUGAGUCCAAAAAAAGGAGCAUUUAGCAGUCUUUAAAAAAAAAUGCAAAAUUACAAGUUUGUGUCUUGUGCAAUUGUGUCAUCAGUUAUUGCGUGAUUUGUCAUUGGGUUAUUUGUUAUUAGUCAUUAUGCGAUGAAAAAAAAAAUUGUUUUGAUGCGGAUUAUAAAGGUAUAGAUUAACACAGAUUUGAACUACAUCUAUUGGUUACCAUGGUUACAGUAAUAUUGUUGCGUAGUAGUCUGUGUGUAGAGUUAUGCAAUUGCAACUGGUGCUCUAGAAAAAUUCGAAUUAUUUAUUUCUGUUUUGUUUUUCCAGACCUUUUUCAUUCAUUUUGCCAACUUUUUUUCACCAAAUUAGUGAGUGAAAUUAGUGUUGAAAAAAUGCCUUAAUUAAUUAUGCUGAACUGUAGAAGAAUGAGACCUCUUCUAUUUUGUGAUUGUCAUAAGUUGAGAGUUGCAUUCUGGGAUAUUACUUGUACGUUAAUUUCAGUUUUGAAACUAUCAUACAUGCACCUUGUGACAUUUUUGAUGAUAUUAAUAUGCACCAAAUAUUUGAGAAUUCAUCCUAAUUCUUACUUACUGUGAUGUAAUUCAGAAUUAGGUGAAUUUUUAGUGAGUCUGUGUGGGCGUGAACAAUUUAGCAAGAGAACAGGAAAGCCAAAAUAAUCUUGACAUUUAGAAUAUGCAUAUUCCUGCUGUGAAAUAUGUCUUGUAAUAAUAGUUACAAAACUGCAAUAAUCUCAAGUACCAUUUCUGAGUGUAACUUUGAAAUCUGAGCUCAAAAUGUAUGGAACAGUUCUGAAAAUAAAAUCUUUCACCAAGCGGUGGUGGUGGUGCACUUUGAGAUGCAAUCUGUUCAAUCUGGUAGUGAACUCUACCAAUACACAUUAAAUUCACUAGUUCAUCUUUUAAUUACUUUAUAAUUGGUGUACCAGACAGAGAAUAAUGUAGAUAAGAAUAUAUUAUGGGAAAACAAAUAAAAUAUAUUAAUUAUAUGGA